AAUAAAGCCCCCUAUGAGACCAGAGAGAAAAGUAAAGUGCACGAGCUAACAUUGAAGGAGAAUUGAAUCCAGAACUGAAGUUAUUUACGUAAAGCGCUGUAAAAUGCGCAAACUGCUUUUUAAUUGGCAAAUCAAAGAUCAAAACGAUGCUACAGUAUUUGUUACAGAGAGGUUUUGCAACGAUUUAUUCAAAAGAAAAUUGUCUGCAAAAACACAGCAGAUAUUGGAAUUUUCAAGGAUUUUUAUCUCUGCGUUGAAUUUGAGCUUCUCUUUUCAAUAUAAAUAGUUUUUUGCGUUUAAGGUAAAUGCACUCUUGUUAUAUGUUAUUACUGUGCUCGCUCAUAUUAAACAUUCAUAAAUUCCCACGUGACACUAUGGUUGUAUCAUGGUGUACCCGUGCACUUAAAACAUACCUGAUGUGGUAUAUAGCAUUAACUAUUCAAGCAUUGAAUGGACUCUCGGUGCUCAUUGUUUAUCCACCACCUUUCAUGGGGCAGAGGUCCUCGCUAAACAAACGGAGCCUUUGGUAACUAACCCUUACUACUUUACCUUUGAAAAGGCUAAAUGGUAAGACAAAUUACGGCUUUUGAAAGCAGACCAAUAUCAUUUUUGAUACGAGUUGGAUGGAAGUUAAUUUGUUGGAGAAAUGCUGGAUUCUGGAAUCGCAAAAGCGGUGUUCUUUAUGGCACAGGCUUUGGGUUUUCCAAUAGAAUUGCACUUGAGCAAAAGCCUUAAGAUAUUGCAAUUCCAACGGCGAAGCUCGUGGCUAACAUUAGCUCAAGUAUCCACUUUGACACUGCCGUCACUGGGAUUAGCUGUGCUUUUUCUAAGAAAUGGGGGCAUCGCUGUAAUGCUAGACUAUUUCUCCGAACGAGGAUUUUCCAUUUUGGACUUGUCGUCGACUUGGAUUGUGUGGAUGGUAUCCACGGGUCAAGCGCUAUUCAUUUGGGUCUCCUAUCGGAAGAAUGUGGCCUGUAUCAACGAGAUCAUUUAUGAAGUGGAUUUCCUCCUGUGUACAUUUGUCAAAAAGAAAGAAAGUAACAUCUUUCGGAUUCUCCAUUACUGUGUGAUUGGCCAAUGGAUAUCAAUCUGCACAUGCGUUGGCGUUAACAAUUUUACCAUCCACGUUUUGUGCCGAAUUCAACCUCAAUGCGAGUGGACCUUUCAACUGACAUAUUCAAUCUUGUUUUCGAUCUCACUCAUUUUGUGCUUGUACCCUUUCCUUCUUAUCGCCUCAAAUCUUCUGAUAUAUGAGGUUCUCAUUGGCACCAACCGCAUCAUGGAUUCAUUCAAUUCAUGUUUGGAUCAGGAAAACCAGAUAGUUUCGUCAGAUUUGCUCCGAAAAGCUCAAUCAAUAACACAAUUACUCUCGAGGAUUGAAACUUGCCUCGGACCCGUCAUUUUCACAGAGACCUUGUGUGCAAUGAUCUUGACCAUCUUCGGUAUAUUUCAGGCCACGAAUGGAUACUUGGCCUUGACCCAGCCUUCUUUUGGCGACAGGGAGUUGGCGAAACUUUUGCUUGGGGGUACUUUUGUCGCUGUUGGUGAAAUGUCCAGUCUCAGGUACAUUCCUUUCUACCACGUUGGACAUGGGAUCACUCUCAAAAUGAAGCAAGCCAAGUAUGCCAUCGAAGAGAUCCUUGCCAAGCGAUAUUCACAGUUUUCUCCCAUCCAACACCAACAAUUUGAUGUGGUCCGGGAGAAUUGGAGCCGAUCUGCCGCCCUUCAACCAAUGGGAUUAUUUGAUUUGAACUAUUCUACGGCAAUAGCAAUGGACGGCUUACUGAUCACAUAUAUAGUUAUUUUGAUUCAAUUCAAAAUGGGAUAAUAAAAUGAUGAUAGAUGUUACAGGUGUUGUUUGGGAAACAGUAGAUGCUAAAAGUGCCCUUA